CAUAAGACCGGUUUUUGCGCAGAGUCUCGUGUUAACCGCAAUCAUCUUCUCUGUCUCCAUCUCUACCUCUGGUUUUUGAUUCUUCGUUUCGACGUUUCUUUCUUUCUUUCUUUCUUUCUCAAGAGGUCCUUUUUAAGAUCUCGCUCAUGGUUAGUAUCAGCUUGGCGUUUGAAUUUGCCUCUUUAGUUGGGAAAUUAAUAACAGGAUGGGAAGGGUAAAAUUGAAGAUAAAGAAGUUAGAGAACACAACUGGACGCCAAUCUACAUUUGCUAAAAGGAAAAAUGGGAUCUUGAAAAAGGCUAAUGAGCUAUCAAUUCUUUGUGACAUUGAUAUUGUUCUUCUUAUGUUUUCUCCUACUGGCAAGGCUGCAAUAUGUUGCGGUACACGAAGUAGCAUGGAAGAGGUGAUUGCUAAGUUUUCUCAAGUAUCACCGCAGGAAAGAACGAAAAGGUUUGGUGUUUUUCGGAUUCUUAUUGAUAUGUUUUUGUUUGUUCCUGCAUUGUUUGGUCUUGUUUUUUACUCAUUGGUUGCAUUGUUUUUUGAAAACAGGAAGUUCGAGAGUCUUGAAAACUUGAAGAAAACUUUCCAAAAGUUGGAUCACGAUGUAAAUAUACGCGAAUUUAUAGCCUCAAGUAAUUCAACAAUAGAGGACUUGAGUAAUCAAGCAAGGAUUCUGCAAGCUCGGAUUUCUGAGAUACAUGGAAGAUUAAGUUAUUGGACGGAACCCGAUAAGAUUAACAACGUUGAACACUUGGGACAGCUCGAAAUUUCGAUUAGGCAAUCCCUUGACCAAUUGCGUGCACAUAAGGAACAUUUUGGGCAGCAGCAACACGCAAUGCAAAUAGAAAACGCAAACUUUGUUAAAGAUUGGUCAACAUGCUCGAUGCAAGAUGGGAUUCAGAUUCCUUUAGAACAACAGCUUCAAUCUAUGUCAUGGAUUCUUAAUAGCAACACCACCAACAUUGUCACCGAGGAACACAAUUCAAUCCCGCAGAGGGAAGUCGAGUGCUCAGCGAGUUCUUCAUUUGGGAGCUAUCCAGGCUACUAUGGAACAGGGAAAUCUCCUGAAAUUACAAUUUCGGGUCAAGAAACAAGCUUUCUUGAUGAACUAAACACCGGACAGCUGAAACCGCAAACAAGCUCGCAACAGCAGUUCAUUAAUAAUAAUAUCACAGCAUACAAUCCCAAUCUGCAGAAUGAUCUGAAUCAUCACCAAACGUUGCCUCCUCCUAUUCCGCCUCCUCAGGUGUAUAUUCCAAUGGCUCAGAGAGAGUACCAUAUGAAUGGAUUCUUUGAAGGACCACCACCUGGACUUUCUGCUUACAACAACAACACCAACCAAACCAGGUUUGGUGGUUCUAGCAGCAACUCCUUGCCUUGCUCAAUCUCAAUGUUCGACGAAUACUUGUUUUCCCAGAUGCAGCAACCGAACUGAGAGAGAUUUGAUGAAUGAUGAUAAAACAUCUCACUGAAGAAACUCACCAAUAUUUUUUUUCAGAAACAGCAAGAAAACAAAAACUUUGCAGAUUUCUGAAUUGGUUCCAAGAAGAAGAACAAAAACCAGUGGUAAUUCUGGUAGAUUGCAACCAAACCACACACAAUACAUGUUCCAUUUUUUUCUAUAUCUUCAAUAGAUGUUUUGUGUUUACUUAAUUCUUUUCUAUACAUAAUUUCUCAAUCGGAUGAGAUUUUUGAGGUUUUCCAUUUUUUCUCCGGCGAUAAAAGGUUAGUGUCUUUGGAGGCUGUCAAAGUAACGCCAUGACAGCUAAAAGAUGAGAAUCUCUCUCUCCUUCCCUUCCUACAAACUCUAGCUGUAUCUAUUCUUUUUCAUUCAUUCAUUCAAUGUAAAACAAACAAAACAAUGUUUAUUAAAUUUUUGUC